AUGUUUGAAAAAGUCGAAGGAAGGGUGAUGAACACGAAGAACACCAGGGAGCCAAGUGCUCAGAAAAAUGGGCGAAGAAUUCGAGAGGGGAUAACUGGGGCGAAAAGAGUUGGAGUGCUGAAAUGUGAAGUUCGAAAGGGAAGGGAUGAAGAAGGACAGGCUUUUAUAUUGGCGCUAGAAUUCGAAACGAAAGGGCGUGGCUCUCUCGAGAGACGUAACGGCCUGACAAGCGUGCUCAAGGAGCGCGAUGACGUGUCGAAAGCCCAGCGGCCGUCGCUUCGUUUGACGAGACGAAACGACGGCUCGCACAAGUCUAGGCAAUGA